AUGGCAGCUUCAUUAUCCUCCUCCGUAUCUUCUUUGCAGUCAUCGCUGCAACUGCUCGAAUCGUCUAUUGACGUACUGGACAGUGGCGUACACGACUUUCCUCGCCUGUGCAAAGUCCUCCAAUCGACAAGACAUUUCGAACUACUCCCCGAACCAACUCUCCAUGAAGCUCAAAAGGCCAUACUUGACGAAAUAACACCCAGUAUCGCACAUCUCCUCAACCUUGCCGAGAACCAUAUCGACAAGCUCGCGCGACGCGAAGAGUCUCUCAAAGCUAAAUGUGAACUACAGGAGGGAAGGCUUUCGCGUGAUUCAAGACCAUCUUCGCGCAGUGGUGAUCUCGCGAAUCGAACAAUUGGUGCCAGCAGCACUGGUAGUAGUGCCCGAGCAGCUGAACUUCGGAAACUGGUACAAAAGAAAGAGCGGUUAAAAUACGCAGUGGAGCGGUUGGAGUUGCAGUCGAGGCAGAGAGAAAGGCAGUUGAGGAAGAGUAUGGCAGCGCAGUGA